AUGGAGGGGAUGUAUACGGCGGUGUUAGUGCCACUUACAGUAGCUAAUUUAGCCUUCGAAAACACAAGUUUGGAGACCCACUUGGAUAUCUCAAGGCAGAGGAAGUGUAUGGCUGAAGCAGCUAAACAACAACCUGAUCGUCCUGAAACCGAAGUCUCUACUUUUGUUAGGGAUAACAACUAUAAUUGUGGUGACUUGGCUAAAGAAGUUGUUGACGGAGUAGUGUUGGUUCCAAAGCAAGCGGAGGGAGGAGGUGGGGAGGGCUUGUUGGAUAUGAUAUCUGAGGAGGAGGACAAGAGCAAUUGGGUCUCUGGGAUUGAAGAUGGUGAAGAAGAUGAUUCCUUGUCGCUAGAAGGUGAUCAGAAUCUUGAACUUGUUAGUUCUUGUUCCCUCUCGGUAACUAGUGAGACUAGUAGCUUAUUUGGGGAAGAAUUCUUGAAUUUUGAGGCCAACUCUGAGUUUGGAACAAGUAGUAAUUCAAUAGAGGUUAUUGACCAGAGCAUCUGUGGUGUUGAUAUUAGCUAUACUGCUACAGAUUUGGAGGAGUCAAGUAUUGUGUCUCAAAAUUCCCUAUCUGUUGCAGUGAGCCAUGCAGAAGAAGUUAUUACUACAUCUUGUUCAAAUUCAAAGCCUGUUCCUUCUGUUGUAAUUCAGUUGGCACUGGAGAAAGAGGCUCGUGGAGCAGCCAUUGCUCGUAGUGUCUUUGAGUUGGACUAUGUCCCCCUCUGGGGUUUUACAUCUGUGUGUGGAAGAAGACCGGAGAUGGAGGAUGCAGUAGCAACUGUCCCUCAGUUUCUGAAAAUACCUAUCCAAAUGCUAAUUGGUAACCAAUUGCUGGAUGGCAUGAGCAAGUGUAUAACCCAUCAGACUGCUCAUUUUUUUGGAGUCUAUGAUGGUCAUGGAGGGUCGCAGGUUGCAAACUACUGUCGUGAACGUGUCCAUACUGCAUUGGCUGAGGAGAUUGGGUUUGUUGAGAACUGUUGUUGUGUGACUGAUGGUUGCCUAGAGCAGUGGAGAAAAGCUUUCACCAAUUGUUUUUUAAAGGUUGAUGCUGAAAUUGGUGGAACAGAAGGCAAUGCUGAUGAACCAGUUGCACCAGAAACUGUUGGUUCUACUGCCGUUGUCUCUGUUAUUUGCUCCUCCCAUAUUAUAGUAGCUAAUUGUGGAGAUUCAAGAGCUGUCCUGUGUCGUGGGAAAGAACCUAUUGCAUUAUCAGUGGAUCAUAAACCAAAUAGAGAAGAUGAAUAUGCAAGGAUAGAAGCAGCUGGAGGCAAGGUCAUACAAUGGAAUGGGCAUCGUGUCUUUGGUGUUCUUGCAAUGUCGAGGUCCAUUGGUGAUAGAUAUCUGAAACCAUGGAUUAUUCCUGAACCAGAAGUAAUGUUCAUUCCACGAGCCAAAGAGGAUGAAUGCCUUAUUCUGGCAAGUGAUGGUUUAUGGGACGUAAUGUCAAAUGAGGAAGCUUGUGAUCUCGCUCGGAGAAGAAUUCUCGUCUGGCACAAGAAGAAUGGUCAGGUAGCUGGUGCUGCACCUUCCUCCUCUCCUACAGUGAAAGGGCCGGAGGGGGUUGAUCUUGCGUCUCAGGCAGCAGCAGAGUACCUGUCAAACAGGGCUAUUCAGAAAGGUAGCAAGGACAAUAUCACGGUGAUUGUGGUGGAUCUGAAAGCUCAAAGGAAGUUCAAGACGAAAACGUGA